AUGUCAUUUAUUCUUCCUGGCCUUCGUAGAGGCUUGAUGCUCAGCACGCCACUCAUCUUGUCGACACCUUUGCUGGCAUAUCAGUUCCGAAAUGCACAGGUUAUACGAUGUGAUGGCCCGGAUCCCAUCACUAAAAUCACAAACGACCUCAAAAGCAACUACGUAACCGAAGCGAGGACACCUGUUAUCACUCAAUCAGGUGCUAUGAAUCCGAAAGCAGUCCGUCAAAUCAGCAUGGGAAGCAUUCUAGGUGUGAUCGGAGGGCUGGGAAUUAGUGUUUUCAGCAAACCUCUGGCUGUGUUGAUUGGAUUGGGAAUAUUUGCUCUGCAGUUCAUCGAGUCGCGAGGUAUUCACGUCAUACCAUAUUCAUUCCUGGAGCGCCGGGUAAAGUCGAUGAAUGUCCGCUCACUAGUGCGCGACAAUGUGGCCUUCAAGUUGUCCUUCGGUCUGACUUGCGCGAUGGCAGCGUUUGCCGAAUUUUAA